AUGGGAAAGUUUGGCAAGGACAAGCGUGACAUUUACUAUCGACUGGCCAAAGAAGAAGGCUACCGAGCUCGAUCUGCCUACAAAUUGCUGCAAAUUGAUGAUCGGUUUUCCAUUUUGAAGGACGUAAAGCGGUGUGUGGAUCUCUGUGCGGCACCGGGAAGCUGGUCGCAGGUUCUCUCGCGCCGCCUUCACGGUGACAGCCUUCCAGUCACUGAUGAACAGAAGAGCCGCAACACCGCAACAAGCAGUGCGGAUGAGGUGAAGAUUGUGGCGGUGGACCUGCAAGCGAUGGCGCCCAUUCCCGGUGUCAUUCAGCUGCAGGGUGAUAUCACCAAUCACUCCACUGCCAGUGCCAUCAUCACCCACUUUGACGGCCUCAGCGCCGACCUGGUCGUCUGCGAUGGAGCGCCCGAUGUGACCGGCCUGCACGACAUUGACACCUACAUUCAGGCGGAGCUGCUGCUGGCGGCGGUGAACAUCACCACGCACAUUCUCAAGCCAGGUGGGACCUUUGUAGCGAAAAUAUUCCGCGGCAAAGACGUCUCACUGCUUUACACACAGCUGAAACUCUUCUUCAAGGAGGUGAUCAUCAGCAAGCCACGCAGCAGUCGUAACUCCAGCAUCGAAGCCUUUGCCGUCUGUCGAGGUUACGCGCCGCCAGAGGGUUACCUGCCGACGAUGUUCAGCACGCUGAUGGAGGGCGAAUGUGAGAAGUACUUUGUGGAGCUGGAUAACAAGGACUACAUGGUCAAUCGAAAGAUCAUCCCCUUUAUGGCUUGUGGUGAUCUUUCUGGCUUCGACUCUGACGCCACGUAUCCGCUCAGUGCGACGGAGAACUACCAGUACCACGAACCGACACAGUCGCCGAUUGAUCCGCCCUAUAAAAGGGCAAUUGAACUGAAAAAGGCCUCUGCUCUUGACAAACAAUAA